AUGGUGGGAUGGGGGCUCCGGACAAUGCACUUGACCGCGCCUAUGGAAGAUCCUCUAGCGAGGGCUUUGCCAGGCUUACUCUACUUCGCCAUUUUGGUGGAGCGUUCCUGUCACUUCUCGUGGAACUCAGGGGGCGUCGUGGUCUUUGGCAUGGCGUUCCUGCCGUGGGUGGCACUCUCGAGUUUCCAUAGCGAGCACUGCUAUUGGACGCAUAUGGGGCAGGCUGGUCUGUGCCUCCUUGGCGUGUAUAUCGCCACGCCGGAGCACAGAAAUAGAGAGCAGACUCAUUUCUGGCAACCUCGGAUUUCCUCUCGGUAUGCAGAUGGCUUCAUACUUUGCUUUUUCGCUUUGGCACUGACUUGGAUCAUGGAAAUUGCGGAGCUCUGGAGCUCAAGAGAUGCUACAUCUCCUAGCUUGCUAUGGUUUGCGCUCUCCGCGGCCCCUGGCAUUGUCAUUCUGCUUCUGGGCCUCCGGCACAUUUUAGAGGCCCUUCUCCGUGGGAAUCCCUUGCAGGAGGUGUGCAACUGGGCGUUUCUGCAACCGGUUUAUGGCGCAGCAGCGGUGGUUGGAGUGGUCAUUUGGCUCUUCUCUCUCCCCUUCCUUCUGGAGCACGGCGAUUCGGGAGACUGGUGGAUGUUCCUGCUAAUGGAGCUUCCUGUCUUGCUUGGCUUCCUGGUUUUGGCAUCAAUGUCAAUGAUCUCCAACUACUUGCCAAGCCAGCCCAAGUCAAAGGACUUGUUAAACGACUUGUUGCCACCCGAGUGGACGAGCACAUUGGUGAGAACAUGGGAGAGUCCACUCCUGCCGAUUUUCCUCAGUCUGGGCAUCAUCGCGGGUAUCCCGGCCUUGGUGAUGUUCGGUGCUGGAGGCUUCUCCAAGGAUGCUUGGCCAAAGCACAUGCAGACUAGCGAGUUCUGGCAGCAGAUGUUGUUCUGGACCUACGUCCUGUCUGUGGCGCUCGUGGGCAUCGGCAUCGGCGCAGCCGUCCUUGCAAAGUCACGUUUCAGAAUCUCCAAGAUAACCCUUGAAGACAAGAUUGCCUUCGUGCUGGUCUUUGUUCUGCUGGGGGUCGUCGGAGUUUGGCUAAUGACAGAUGUGGAGACGUACAUGCUCAAGGCCGUUGCUUGGGCCCGACCUAGCAUUCCGGACCUCGAUCCUUUGGAGUACGUCAAGGUGCAGAUCAUCCCACCCAAGGUCGAACAGAAGGAGGAUGGAUUAAAGUUCAUCGAGGUCCCCAGUGAAGGUUUCUGGCCCAACAGCACAGACAUGGAAAGCAUGCGUGCCCAGAAAGCAGAUCACAAAAGGUGCUGGUUCUUUCUCCCAUGGAUGGCCGUGAAGUACAUCUCUUUCGGCUCUCAAGGCAGUACAAGGGAGGAAGCACUGAAAGGAUCCAUCGAGUCAAACUACGUGCCGCUGCCCCGGACGUCCAGAGCCAGCGGGGCCGAGCAGCAGGCGGGAGCAGAAGGCAGCUUUUCCGAAGUUUCAACACCGCCAAAGGCCGACAGGGCCAAGAAGCCGAAGGCUGCCGCAAGUCGCAUGGUAUCUUUGGAAUGCUGUCUUUGUGGGUCCUUGGGACAUAUUUGCGAAGAUAGGCUUGAAGAUGGGGCUUCCUUCUCUCUUCUGGAAACCUUGAGGUAG